CCGGAGCUCGCAGCUUGUGUGCGAAACAGGCAGCUGCUGGCACGCAAUCUUCCCCGAAGUUGUUUCCUUUCCUUUUUCCUGAGAUUUAGCGCAGGGGGGGAAGGGGUUGGAGUCACAUGGAUACAGAGCUUUUGAUUAAUGUCCAAGUCUGGGCUGCGGCGGAGGCUUUCCAGCCUCUCAGCGAACGGGGCGAGCUGGGAACCAGUGACCGCUCGUUUCCUCCGGGCUGCGUCCCCUUCCUGACGGGAAAGGAGCGCGCACCGGGCAGGCUACUCGCCUGCGGAGCUCGGGCGGCUCCAGAAGCCGGAGCUGGGGCUGCUCCGUGCCAGGGCACCCGCGGGGGCCGGGCCCGGCCGCGCAGCUCCGCGGGCUCUUUUGUUGUUCUCGCCGGCAGCCCGGCUGCGAGCCCCGCUAUUCCGCGCCGCACCAUGACGGAGGAAAGCAAAGGGGAAGGCAAGGGAGAGAGCGGGAAGGACUUGGAGAAGCAGCUUCGCCUGCGCGUAUGCGUCCUCAGCGAGCUGCUCAAGACGGAGCGGGACUACGUGGGCACGCUGGAGUUCUUGGUGUCGGCAUUCCUUCACCGAAUGAUCCAGUGUGCUGCAGCCAAAGUGGAUAAAAAUGUCACGGAAGAGACAGUUAAGAUGUUGUUUUCAAAUAUUGAAGAUAUUCUUGCAGUUCACAAGAACUUCCUGUCCCUCGUAGAGGAGUGUUUGCAGCCAGAACCCAGUGCACACCAUGAAGUUGGAACUUGCUUUCUUCAUUACAAAGAGAAAUUUCGUAUCUAUGAUGAAUACUGCAGUAACCAUGAGAAGGCACAGAAAGUUCUGCUUGACCUCAACAAAAUAAGAACAGUGCGGACAUUUCUUCUGAAUUGCAUGCUCCUUGGAGGACGUAAGAACACAGAUGUACCAUUGGAGGGAUAUCUUGUAACACCAAUACAGAGAAUAUGCAAGUAUCCUCUUCUUUUGAAGGAGUUACUGAAGCGGACUCCAAGGAAGCACAGUGACUAUGCAGCAUUAAUGGAAGCCCUCCAGGCCAUGAAAGCUGUCUGCUCCAACAUAAAUGAAGCCAAGAGACAAAUGGAGAAAUUAGAGUUUUUGGAAGAAUGGCAGUCUCAUGUUGAAGGAUGGGAGGGGUCUAACAUCACUGAUACAUGCACAGAAAUGCUGCGAAGCGGAUUACUUCUGAAGAUUUCAGCGGGAAAUAUCCAAGAGCGGAUAUUCUUUCUCUUUGAUAACCUUUUGGUAUACUGCAAAAAAAAGCACAGGCGAUUGAAGAACAGCAAAGCAUCUACAGAUGGCCAUCGUUACCUCUUUCGGGGCAGAAUAAACACAGAAGUGAUGGAGGUAGAGAAUGUAGAUGAUGGAACAGCUGACUACCACAGUAGUGGCCACACUGUCAUUAAUGGCUGGAAGAUCCACAACACAGCUAAGAACAAAUGGUUUGUAUGCAUGGCAAAAACUCCUGAAGAGAAGCAAGAAUGGUUGGAAGCUAUUUUGAAAGAGCGAGAGAGACGAAAAGGUUUGAAAUUGGGCAUGGAACAAGACACUUGGGUGAUGAUCUCUGAGCAAGGAGAAAGACUGUACAAAAUGAUGUGCAAGCAAGGGAGUCUCAUCAAAGACAGGAAGAGGAAAUUAACCACGUUCCCCAAAUGCUUUCUUGGAAGUGAAUUUGUGUCCUGGUUGUUAGAAAUUGGAGAGAUACACAGAUCUGAAGAAGGUGUUCAUCUUGGCCAAGCCUUAUUAGAAAAUGGCAUUAUCCACCAUGUUACUGAUAAGCACCAGUUCAAACCUGAACACAUGCUGUACAGAUUCCGAUACGAUGACGGAACAUACUAUCCAAGGAGUGAGAUGCAGGAAGUGAUUUCUAAGGGUGUACGACUGUACUGUCGUCUUCACAGUCUCUUUACCCCAGUAAUUAGGGAUAAAGAUUAUCAUCUGCGAACCUACAAAUCUGUUGUCAUGGCUAACAAACUCAUAGACUGGUUGAUUGCACAGGGAGAUUGCCGGACCAGGGAAGAAGCUAUGAUCUUUGGUGUAGCUCUUUGUGAUAAUGGUUUUAUGCACCAUGUGUUAGAGAAAAGUGAAUUUAAAGAUGAGCCACUGCUGUUCCGUUUUUACGCAGAUGAAGAAAUGGAAGGGUCAAAUAUGAAACACAGACUGAUGAAACAUGAUUUGAAAGUAGUGGAAAAUGUUAUAGCUAAGUCAGUGUUGAUUAAAUCUAAUGAAGGCACCUAUGGUUUUGGUUUAGAAGAUAAAAAUAAGGUGCCAAUUAUUAAGGUGGUGGAGAAAGCAUCGAAUGCUGAGAUGGCAGGCUUGGAAGUUGGAAAAAAAAUCUUUGCCAUUAAUGGUGACCUGGUUUUUCUGCGUCCCUUCAGUGAAGUGGAUUGCUUCCUGAAAAUGUGUUUAAACAGCAGAAAGCCCCUGCGGGUUCUUGUGAGCACUAAACCACGGGAGACAGUGAAGAUUCCUGACUCUGCAGAUGGACUUGGGUUCCAAAUCCGAGGCUUUGGCCCUUCAGUUGUCCAUGCUGUUGGGAGAGGAACAGUGGCAGCUGCAGCAGGUCUCCACCCAGGCCAGUGCAUAAUCAAAGUGAAUGGAAUUAAUGUCAGCAAGGAGACUCAUGCAAGUGUUAUUGCUCACGUCACAGCAUGCAGGAAGUAUAGGCGUCCAAUGCAGCAAGACUCUAUACAGUGGAUUUACAACAGCAUUGAAAGUGCACAGGAAGAUCUUCAGAAAACAAAUGCCAAGCCCCCAGGAGAUGAUGGAGGAGAUGCCUUUGACUGCAAAGUGGAAGAGGUAAUUGACAAGUUUAACACUAUGGCAAUAAUUGAUGGGAAGAAAGAUCAUGUAAGCCUGACUGUUGAUAAUGUUCAUUUGGAGUAUGGAGUGGUUUAUGAGUAUGACAGCACAGCUGGAAUCAAGUGCCAUGUGUUAGAAAAAAUGAUUGAACCAAAGGGAUUUUUCAGCUUGACUGCAAAGAUUCUGGAAGCACUGGCAAAAAGUGAUGAGCAGUUUGUGCAGAACUGCAACAGCCUCAGUUCCUUAAGUGAAGUAAUUUCUACUGAGCUUCAAAGUAAAUUCAGUGUUAUUUGCAGUGAGAAAAUUGAACAUAUCUACCGAAGAAUUUCUAGUUACAAAAAGUUUUCAAGAGUAUUAAAAAACAGAGCUUGGCCUACCUUCAAGCAAGCUAAAUCAAAGAUUUCACCACUUCACAGCAGUGAUUUCUGUCCAACCAAUUGCCAUAUCAAUGUAAUGGAAGUUUCUUACCCUAAAACCUCAACUUCUGUUGGAAGUGCUUUUGGUGUACAGUUAGACAGCAGAAAACAUUCUUCACAUGAAAAAGGAAAUAAAAACAAUGACCAAGGUAAACUGAAUCCUAUGAUUUAUGUUCAACAUAGCAUUACUACUAUGGCUGCCCCUUCAGGACAGUCUCUCAGCCAGCAAGAAGGUCAUGGUCUGAGGUAUCUCUUAAAAGAAGAAGAUUUAGAAACACAAGAUGUCUACCAGAAAUUGCUGUUCAAAUUACAAACUGCACUGAAAGAGAUGGAAACCUGUGUCUGUCAGAUAGAUGACCUUCUUUCUUCAAUAACGUACUCUCCAAAAUCAGAGCGUAAAACACCUGAGCCUUUAGUACCAGCAGACAGUGACAAUGAAAAGGGGGAAAGGAAUGGAAAGAAAGUCUGCUUCAGUGUGACAGGUGAUGAACAAGAAGAUUCUGGUCAUGAUACUAUCAGCAAUAGAGAUUCUUACAGUGAUUGCAACAGCAACAGGAACUCCAUUGCGUCGUUCACCAGCAUUUGCAGCAGUCAGUGCAGUUCUUACUUUCACAGUGAUGAAAUGGAUUCAGGCGAUGAGCUUCCCAUAAGUGUUCGAAUCUCUCAUGAUAAACAAGACAAGCUCCAUAGCUGUUUGGAACAUCUUUUUGGUCAAGUUGACUCAAUUGUCAGUCUUCUGAAAGGACCAGCUGUGAUGAGGGCCUUUGAACAGACAAAACACUUCACACCGGGCCGAGGCCUACAAGAGUUUCAGCAGGAAAUGGAACCGAAGCUUAGCUGUCCAAAGAGGUUACGACUUCACAUCAAGCAAGACCCUUGGAACCUUCCCAGCAGUGUCCGGAGUCUUGCCCAGAGUAUCAGAAAAUUUGUUGAAGAGGUGAAGGCACGGAUACUCUUGGCACUUCUGGAGUAUACAGACAGCGAGAUACAACUGAGGCGAGACAUGGUCUUCUGUCAGAGUCUAGUGGCCACUGUCUGUGCUUUUUCCGAGCAACUGAUGGUGGCCUUAAAUCAGAUGUUUGACAACAACAAAGAAUAUGAAAUGGAGACGCUGGAGGCCAGCAGAAGGUGGUUGGAACAGAUAGCCAGUGCCGGUGUUCUCCUUCAUUUCCAGUCACUGCUGUCACCUAACCUGGCUGAUGAACAAGCCAUGCUGGAGGAUACACUGGUUGCACUGUUUGACUUGGAAAAAGUUACAUUUUACUUCAGACAAUCAGAGGCAGAACCACUAGUUGCAAAUGUCCCAAUCACAUACCAAGCAGAAGGAAGCCGGCAAACUCUGAAGGUUUACUUCUACCUUGAUACUUACCAUUUCGAACAGCUUCCUCAAAGACUGAAGAAUGGAGGGGGAUUUAAAAUCCACCCAGUACUUUUUUCACAAGCAUUGGAGAGCAUGGAAGGAUAUUAUUACAGAGACAGCGUUUCAGUAGAAGAAUUUCAAGCUCAGAUUAAUGCAGCAUCGCUAGAGAAAGUCAAGCAGUAUAACCAGAAACUACGGGCAUUCUACCUGGACAAGUCAAACCUGCCUCCAAAUUCAACAUCUAAAGCAGCUUACAUAGAUAAGCUGAUGAGGCCACUUAAUUGCUUGGAUGAACUUUACCGACUCGUAGGGUCCUUCAUCCGAUCUAAGCGCACUGCUGCCUGCGCAUACACUGCUUGCAGUGCUUCUGGAGUUGGAUUGCUAUCAGUUUCUUCUGAGCUCUGUAACAGGCUUGGAGCUUGUCACAUCAUUAUGUGCAACAGUGGAGUUCACCGCUGUACCCUGAGUGUUACCUUGGAGCAGGCAAUCAUUCUGGCUCGGAGCCACGGGCUGCCACCUCGCUAUAUCAUGCAAGCUACAGAUGUCAUGCGCAAGCAGGGUGCAAGAGUGCAAAAUACAGCCAAGAACUUGGGAGUGAGGGAUCGAACGCCACAGUCUGUUCCAAGAUUAUACAAGCUGUGCCAGCCACCACCACCAGUUGGAGAAGAAUGAAGGAAACAAUCAAAUAACGGCUUUUAGGACACUGGAACUGUAUGACAAAAGCUAACUGCACUAUAGCAGUACGUUCCUGGGCCUUUGAUAAAUAAAUAAAAAACAACCAACCUUUACUCAGGAUAAAGAAAGAAAUAUCAUAUUCUCUAUUGGCAAAAAUGACUUUCUAAAAGCGUUUCUGGAACUUGUGCCCUCCAGCUGUAUGCCAGUAGAAUGGGAGUCUUCCUUAGGAAUUUUACACUGGAAUCAGGUUCAUUUUGAUGUGUUUUGUUCAGCCACACAGUAGGCAUAGCCAGCAGAUUGAAAACAAAUGUCUUGUUCAGAGAGAAUGGUUUCACUUGUACACUCCCGGGGAUGUGUUCUUGUGGAAGGAAUAAAAGCCUAAAUAAACUAGGCCUGGUAAUGAGCAUACACCUCACAUUUGGCCCUUUGCACUGAUAAUCCCUUUUUAUUUUUCCUGUCAGCACCAUAACCUCUGAAAACAGUGACAUCAGUGUUUCAAGGACAUAAUGUAAAUGAAAGUGAAAGAUUAAAAACUCACCUCAGAACUUGUGCCUAAUGGCUACAGACUGACUACUUCUAUAAACGUCCCCAUGUAAGCACAGUAAACUCAGCCAUUGCUGUACCCUUUUAGAAGGAGUACCUACAUGGCAUAUGAAGUUGAUGUUUUCCCCUGUUCUCACUGCCAUUAUAAUUAGCCUGAAUCUCAGACUCUGUCUAGUGGAUGUUUUACGUUAUUUUGCCUCAGAUUUCAGAGUUUUUCAGAGCUGUGUAUAUUCUUGUACAGCGUUAGGCUAGUGAAUCAACACUGAGGUAUCGACAGUGAGAUGCUAUUGUUAUGUUAAACUGGAACGAUGCAUUUUAAGUGGAAGCAUGAUUUGGUGUUUCGUGCACCAUUUCCCUUAUUUUGUCAGUAUUGUUUUAUAUAGCAUAGAAUAUAGAAUAGAAUAUAGAAUUCUUGUUCAUUGUUCAUAAUUGUGACAGAUUUAUUUUGAAAAUUGUGCUGAAUACUUAGAGGGCCCAGGGAAAAUAGCUUUGGAUUUGGCCAUUCUUUUAGCCAAAGUAUUUACAGAGAAAAUGCCCCUAAAUGAAGUUUUUGAUUGUGAAUAUAUUAAGGCAAAAAAGUAUAUUCUGCAAUAGUUCUCCUUUUAGCAGUAGCUACACAUUCUAUUGGAGCUGGACCUAUACUGAUAUAGUGCUUGAAUAAAAUUUAUUUUUUGUACAGCAGCUGAUUAUAGUUAUGCUCUAGUAAUCACUUCUAGACCAAAUUUUGUCUAAUUAUUUAUGAAAUCUUCAAAAAUACAUGAAUCCAUAAUGAAGUGAGAAUUCAAAAGAUGUACUCUUGCAAAGAGUGUUCUUUACAUAGGAUUUCUGGGAGACUUGAUACUUUUCUCCAAAGGAGGAAUUAGGGCUCCUACCCUUUUCUUAAUGUUUUUACACAGACUUUAACUUUGCUAAGAAAAUAAAUAUUUUUAUAUAUCCACAGGUAAAUAUGUCUGCACAUAUAUUUUAGUUUCUGUGUAAGUAGUCAUAUCCAUUACUGGUCCAUCCUCCAGCGUAGGAUUCUUUUCUUUAAACUUGCAGUAACAAACUUCAGUAACAAUUUGUCCUUUGUGUUUUGAAGCCUUCACUACUUAGUACUGGUUGGAAGCAGUGGGACUUUAAUUUUCCUGAUUAAAAAGAAAGUAUUGCUUUUAGUAACUCAUUUUUUUUUGUCUAAUGCGACUUAAUGCUUGCACAUGAGUCAUGAUCUAUAGAAUUGCUAUUCCAGUCAGAAUCUCAUAUUUUUGGAUGUGUUUUAUUCAGUGAGGCAGUGUUGGCUGGAGUAAACCCUGCUCCAGGCAAAAGUGCCCCAAAUGCUUCAGUUUCUGCUUGCUCAGACACCAGAAGUACAGAGAAGCCAUAAAGUGCUCCUGCCUGGGAUGGUGCCACAGAGCAUGCGAUGGCGGUAUGCUGCAAAUGGGGCUGUCAGGCCAUGCUCAGAUCUUGCAGUGAGAUCUGCCCACAUGCGUAUUUUAUGUUUUUUAUUAUAUUUUUUUGCUGUAAGACAAGCUCUUAGCUGAAUAGAGCUACUGGUUCUUGUAACAGGACAAAUUACACAACCUAAAAGACAGUAUCUGCUGCACACUGUAAUUGGUUGCAUCCUUUUUUUUUUUUUUAAUCUCAUUGACACUGAUAGGAAUGCAAAUAUGCCCAGACAGUCGCUUGUACAAUAUGGUAAUUAUCUGCUUUGUUUUGCACUUGAAAGCAGAGGGUAACAGACAUUGGCAAAUGCUGAGGGACAAACAGUUAUGAGCCAGUCCCUGGACCAAAUUCUGCAGUUAUUGUUUCAGGAGUGUGCAUCUGAAAUCUUGGCCUCUCCUUUGUUUAUCUAAUUUUGGUUCCUUAUUCCAUGUUUUUUUUUUAAUUCAGAGGGAGUUUUCAAAAACUUAUUUGGCACUGUGAACUUCAUUGGCGACCUAUACUGCAAAUCAUGUGCCUGUUUAGCAGAGAUGCUGGCUGACUUAAACCCUUGUUUCUUGGGUGGUAAGGUAACAUGUAGAGAGGGGACUUUCAGAGGAGGUGAGGCACAUGUCCCAUUGACUGUCUAUCAAAUGUAGGAGCCUAAUUUCUCAAAUUUUCUUCCAAAAGUCGAUAUUUUUCAUUAUUUCUAACUAUUAUUUUGGCCCUCUGAUCUCAGAACACACAGGUGGCACAUCUAAUGUUGAUGGGCAUACAGGGAGCUCAUUCUUUAAUUAUAAAUGUACGUGUGUUCAUGACUAAAGCUAAUUCUCUUGUUUGAAAAACAUAGAAUAUGUCUUUAAUCCUUAUGCAAUGUGCAGAAUAAAAAAAUUCAGUUCUCCACACAGAAUGUUUAUGCUUCGUAAAUUUUUAGAUAUCCAGAUGACAAGAAGAGAUGACCAAGAAUGAUAAUUUACAAGAACUGUAACACCCAGAGCUUGUGAAAUCUUUCCUUCUACUGCAGGAGAUUAUGCAGCCUAUUUUUAUGAUAAUGUGUUGUACUGACUUAGGGGAAACAUUCUGUAUGGAGUUUUUACUUGUUCAUCCAAGACAAGUGUAAUUCUUCUGGGAAUAAAUUCAAGAAUCCGCAGAGAUAGUUACCAAAUACUGCUGUAAUUCAUUGGUUGUCUCUAAGAGAUUUAACUGGGAAAGGAUUGUUAAGGGCCAUGUAACAGUUAUUUUGCCAUGGGUUCAUGCUUGGAGAAAAUCCCCGUUUUAAGAUAGACCUGAAGAUCUCUGGCUUUUUUGUAAGCACCGCUGCUAAAUAAUAGGAUGCUAAACAAUCUUGAUUCUGAGAAAUGAGUAUUGAUUCAGGCUUGUUUCCCAAAUUACUUAUUUCACAAUGCUUGUUGUCCUCACAGUUUGUAAAAGUAAAUGAAUACAAAAAAUGACAAUUUUUUUUUUUGUUAGGAGUCCAUUUUAAAAUAAAUUCCCUUGCUUUCAGCUGAAGCAACCAUCUAACAGAGUGACCACUGAGAAAGCUGCCGCCUUCAGUGCCUCUUUAGACAGCUUUCAUGGGUUUAAGCAGAUGCAUUGAGUUUUGAGGUUGUUUCAUUGUUUGUUUUCAAGGCAGUCGGUCGUAUCAGAACUGCCUUCCUGCUCCUUUGGAGGAAAAACAAUUAAGUUUAUGAGGAUUUGUAGUAAUCAUAUUUCAUUUAUUAAAAUACUCUAAUGGAAAAAGAAAGCAGUUUUUAUUGAUCUGCUUUUAGGAAGAGAGAUCCAUAAGCAAACUGAUCAUUUUUUUUUUAAUUAAUUGAUUGUCGGAUGUAGCAUGAACGUAUUUAAGACAGUUGCUUGAAUGUGAGUAUAUACAUCAUGACUAACCAUGAUGCUCAAGAAAGGAAAGUAUCUUUCAUUUAUUUUCAUUUAAAUGGUGAAAUUGGUAACUUUAGUGUAUAUACAUAUUGCUCCAUGCUUCUUACUUUAUUUCAUGGUUAUGUCAGCCAGCAUUGUCUGCAUACUUUGCACUGUUCUUGUUUAAUGUUAUGAAGACAGGAGAGUUUCCAAAGCUAAUGCGUUGCUUUGUGUAUUUUAUCUCUGUAAUUGUUGAUAAAUGCAGGUAAUUCCUAAUUGUACUCUAGCAGUACACUGGCAUUGGUAAGUUAGAUGCACAGUACGUACCUGUCUCAGGAUACAUGGAUUUUUCAUCAUUAGGUUUGAGUUAUAAGAAGAUACUGAACUCAUAUUUUUGUAUGCUGACAAUUGUGUUUUGUUGUUGUUUAUAUAUAUAUAUAUAUAUACUGUAUAUAUCAUUAAGUUUUCCUGAAGAAAAUGCAUUAUUAGGAACAUUUCCUUUUUUUUUUUUUUUUUUUUCUGAAAUAAUUGGGUUUGCUUUCUUACGUUUGUGUAAAUGAAUAUGCAGUGUGCAAAGUCACACAGAUGUUAACACUGGUGGGAAAUUCAGAUUGUCUGGGGGGCCAUCGAGUGCUUGUUUCUUCUCCAGAAACCUCAGCUCUGUGCUAGAGUGGAACUGCUUUAGAAGUAACUUCUGCUUCAGCUUAAAUGUCUUAUGGAGUAGCUGGGGCAUUUUUUGCAAAGUGCUUAGCUUGGAACUUUCAUGGAAAUAUCUACAACAUUCUUCAUCGUGUGUCUGUCCUGUUUGUACAAUGAGUCAGAUUUUAAAAACUAAGCAGCCUUAUUAACACCCUGUAAAUAGUGUAUGUAUUUGGUUAUAGUUGUGUUACACUUAAACAAAAAAAGACCAAUUAAGUUUUGCAUUGAGUAUUGCACAGUUUUUCAAAUAAAUACUUUGUGACAUCUCAGUGAGCACAAGAGAGUAUUACUGCUUUGAUAUACGUAAGUACAUCCGUACACAGAAUCUCUCAGUGAGCAGGUAGCAGCUCUUGUGGGUAGUUGAGUCUAUUGGAAGUGACUUUCAGAAUUUAGUGUUAAAUAUCCUUGAAACGUGGAUUUAAAUGACUCUCUUCCAUUGUUAUAAAGUGCCUAUGUAGCAGACUUUGAGUCAACUUCUGUAUUGAUUAUGGGUUAAACUAAUACUGUGUACUUUUAGAUCUAUGGUUUAUUUUUUUAGUCUACAUAUUAAGGACUGGAAUGGUAACAAUGUAUUACAAAAUGUCAGAUGGCAAUAAAACCAUUCAU